AUGCUGUCAGAAGGAUAUCUCAGUGGACUUGCCUACUGGAAUGACAUCCACUGGAGCUGCGCAUCUUGUAAUGAGCAGGUGGCUGAGGAAAAGGAAGAAGAGACGAAUUCCAUUGCUGCUCUUUCCUAUUCCUCCAUGGAUGAAACACAAGUCAGAAGUCUCUAUGUGAGCUGCAAAUCCUCUGGCAAGUUCAUUUCUUCAGUGAAUUCAAGAGACAGCCAACAAAGUAGAAGUCAGAGAGUCACUGUGCUGCAGACAAACCCCAAUCCUGUGUUUGAAAGUCCAAACAUGCCUGCAGUUGAAAUAUGUAGAGAGUCCAGCAGAGAGACCUACUUGGUUCCACCUUCCUGCAAGAGUAUCUGCAAGAAUUACAAUGACUUACAUAUUGCAGGGGGACAGGUGAUGGCCAUUAACUCAGUGUCAACAGACUUCCCUUCUGAGAGCAGUUUUGAAUAUGGUCCUUUGCUGAAGUCGUCUGAGAUUCCUUUGCCCAUGGAAGAUUCCAUUUCCACUCACCCCAGUGACUUUCCCCCAAAACCUGUUCAGCGGUACUCAUCCUACUGGAGAAUAACGAGCAUCAAAGAGAAAAGCAGCCUACAAAUGCAGAAGCCUAUUUCUAAUGCAGUGCUUAAUGAGUACCUGGAGCAGAAGGUGGUGGAGUUAUACAAACAGUACAUUAUGGACACCAUGUUUCAUGACAGUUCUCCUACCCAGAUUCUGGCAUCUGAACUUAUCAUGACAAGUGUGGACCAAAUUAGUCUUCAAGUAUCUAGAGACAACAAUCUGGAGGCCUCAAAAGCUAAGGAUAUAGUCAUUAGCCGCCUAUUACAGUUGGUGUCAACUGAGAUCAGCACUCCUAGUCUUCAUAUUUCUCAGUAUAGCAAUGUGAAUCCAUAG